CACAGGAGGGAAGUCUUAUAGUAGUCUUACAAUCUUACAUUCACAACGAGCGGGUCAACACGUUUCUUACAGUUUUGUUUGGUAUCAAACGGAAUAAACUCUUUAAUCGGAAAUUGUUUUGAGCCGCAAUCUGUUUCUGGCCAGAACUAAACAGACUAACAACUAAACUAACAACUGUUUAUGAAUGAAACAAAAGACGUCUACUGAAGAAACGGAAACCAGAAGACCUGGUAUAUCGACUUCGCUUUUAAAUAUUAUGUUUGGAGUGACUGAAAUAAUCCAUUUAUGUUGGUUAGUGAGUGUUGUGGUCGGGAGGAAUGGCCAAGCGCAGCAGUGAUGGACACUCCGUGGACAGAUCCUCAAAGAAAAGGAACUGCGAGUCUUUCACGAUAGACAAAGUUUCCAUUGCCCGAUCCCUGUGCCUGGGCUCAGGGUUCAAGGGCAGGAUCAUCUGAACAUGGUUUCAAACAAGUCAUGCGAGAACAUCACCAAUAUUGAUGUGAACGGGAAUCCGGUGAUGAGCACUGUGAUGUUCAUCGCUGGGGUGGUUGGCAACCUGAUAGCUUUGGCUAUCCUGGGAGUCCACCAGAAAGAGCGUCGCACCAAGUCCUCAGUCUUCUGCAUUCUCGUGACAGGCCUGGCUUUGACAGAUCUGCUGGGAACGUGUUUACUCAGUCCGCCGGUUUUCAUUUGCUAUGCCCAAAGAAAAUCCCUGGUGGGUCUUAUGGGAAACCGGUGGCUGUGCGGACUCUUCGCCUUCGCCAUGACGUUCUUUGGCCUGGCCUCUAUGCUCAUACUGUGUGCCAUGGCGGUGGAGCGAUGCCUCGCCAUCAGUCACCCGUAUUUCUACUCCAAACACGUGCGGCGAAGCUUCGCUAAAAUCGUCCUCUUCCUCAUCUAUCUCUUCACUUUCAUGUUCUGCUUGCUGCCAUUCUUUGGAUACGGACGGCACAAGCAGUACUGCCCCGGCACGUGGUGCUUCAUCAAGAUGGAGGCGGAAGGAGAGAGUGAGGAUGAGGAGAGGAGAACGCUGGUCUUUUCGUUGUCCUAUGCCGUGCUCAUGGCACUGCUCAUCGCCAUUGUGUUCUUGUGCAACGGUUCGGUUAUCGUCACCCUGUGCCACAUGCACCGGAGCCAGCUGACGCGCCGGGGUUCGGUGGUGUCGGCUGGACGAAAGAGGAGGCUGAGCACCUGGUUUGGACAGGGAGAAGAGGAAAUGGACCACUUACUACUUCUGGCCUGCAUGACCUUCAUCUUCGUCAUUUGCUCCUUACCUCUGACUAUCUGUGGUUUCGUGAACGCUAUUAGCCCGGUUGGGAAUGAUAAGCAGAACCUAAUGGCUUUCCGCUUCUCUGCAUUUAACCCCAUCUUGGACCCCUGGAUCUUCAUCAUCUUCCGUAAGGCGGUCUUCCACCACAUCCGGGCAUUCUUCCGCUGCUGCUUCCCCAGAGAGGCAGUGAAGACCACAGCUCAAAACUCCCUGGCUUUCCCCAUGGAGGCUGGAGAUGCCAAACACAGUGCCAGCAUCCAGUCUAAGAUCUACUGCAGCCUCCCCCAGUGAGGCCUUGAUGAGCGACGAUGCACUUAUUGACAGCAUGCACUGAGAUAUACAAGACAAUGAGACAAAAGACUGCCUGAAUGUAUCUAGCGAUACUAAGAACCAAACAUAAAUGCAUGGAUGUCGAAGAACCUGUUUCCUCUCCAUUAGUGAUGGAGGGGAAAUAUCUUGUAAAUAUGUGAACUAAUGCUCAUCACUAAACAGGCUCGUCUGUGCAAGUAAACCACAGACUUUGGUUGAGCAAAAAUGGGAAGCAAAGUUGACAAAUAAACAGAAUGUAAAGACACAAACAACCAGUGCCCAUUUGGGGAACUGGCACAUACCACAAGUUUACCAAUAAUCACCAAGCAUAGAACAUUAUGAACUUUGAGAAGAUGAAGUUGGCCACCAACUUGCUGAGUAAUAUACUAAUGGAAGGGAAAGUCUUAAUAAUUCAUAGCAGAGCCACUGGAUAUAUUAGCAAAAGUUAAUAAUGACAUACAACCAAAAUGUAGAGUGGAAAACACUUCCAAGCGGGCACCUUGAUAUAAAUUUGAUGUCAAAUAUUAGUCAAAACUUUUUGAUGGCAAUUUAUUGUAGAUCAAAUCAACAUCGUCAAGUUUGAUUUGCAUAUUUGACCUGUUUUUUGACAAAAAUGUUGAUGUCAGUUGUCUUUUCAACAUCAGUUGCCCACUGGGUUAGCAUAUUACUUUAAAGUAUAGAGUUUAACGUCCUGAAUUCAACACCCUUUUUUGCAAACCCAAACUGCAGUGUCAGAAGUGAAAGAUGUCACAAAAUAUGUGCUAGACUGUUAUAGCAAGUUGUUUAGCAGCAAACAACCAAACGUUUUGUUUGUCUCAUUAAAUAUUUACACAGCUUGGUUAGUUUUCAGAAACUGAGAAACAGUUAAUGCAUCAAACAGUGAAGGCAAUCACAUUAACUCACGAAAAACAAUUUCACAUAAGUUAUUAAUCAGUUUAUUAAUUAUUGAUAAUUCAUAUUUCAGCAAAUUAGCACAUUAGCCAACAUGCACCAACAUGGUCUCAUGACAAAAACGUGGGGAACUUUUUCACAAGAUGCAAAAAAAGUACAUAUUACUGCAGUUUCCCAAAGAAAUAAACACUAGAGGCGCUGACACAGAAAACAAUUUUAAUCAUUUUCGUACACAGUUAUGAAUACAGAUCCAUAUGUUUCGCAGCCAGGCUAGAGUUCCAAAGGGCAGGCGGCAAAACAGACAAAACAAGAAAACCAGGCAUAAAUUCAAAACUCAGAGAACUAGACAAGAACACAGGUGAUUUGGACAAGGCUUCGUACGAAUCGGCACAGAAUUGGACUUAGGAUGCGGAAUCCUUGGGUACGAAUACUGUGAAAAAAUGACUCGCAAUCAAAAAGAGCUGAAAGAUGAGAGAUCGAAAAACAAGCUGAAACGGCAUGCUUGCGUCUUUCUUUCUUCCAUUGUAAAGAAAUUAUGUUUUUUGAGGAAAACAUUUCAGGAUUUCUCUCCAUAUAGUGGACUUCUAUGAUGCCCCAGAAUUUAAAUUUCCAAAAUGCAGUUUAAAUGCAGCUUCAAGAGCCAAGGAAGAAGGGUCUUAUCUAGCGAAAUGAUUGGUUAUUUUCUAAAAAAUUGACAAUUUAUAUACUUUUUAACCACAAAUCUUGUCUAGCUUUGCAUGAACUCUGUUUAUUCCAGUAGGGUAUAAACAGAGGGUAGGUCAAAAAACUCCUAUCUCAUUUUCUCCUCCAGCUUCAGAAUCAUCCAACAUGACUGCAGAAGUACCGACCCAGUGUUUACAAAGUGAACAUGCAAAGAAGAUCGAAUACCCUUUACAAAAAAUAAGGUAAAACAGCUAUGUAGGAUGAUUUUGAAGUUGGAGAAGACAAUGAGAUGAGAGUUUUUCGACCUACCCUAACUGUCAAGAACCGGAAUACACAGAGUUCACGCAGAGCUAGACAAGACAUGCAUUUGAGAUUAAAAAGUAUAUGAAUUUGUAAUUUUUUUAGAAAAUAACUUCGGCUGAGAUCAUUUAGAGCCCUUUGAAGCUGCCUUUUGAACUGCAGUUUGAAAGUUCAUUUUGGAAGCACCAUAAACGUCCAGUAUAUGGAGAGAAAUCCUGCAAUGUUUUCCUCAAAAAACAUUAUUUCUUUAUGACUGAAGAGAGAAAGACAUGAACAUCUUGAAUGACAAGGGGCUGAGUAAAUCGCUGUAAUUUUUUUUCUGGAAGUGAACUUCUCCCUGAACAUCUACACCUACCCCAACCCUAAACCUAUCCCUUAAAGUAAUGCAAAAACUGUAAUUAUUGUACAGUACAUCUGUAUACCAUUUAGCUUUUGCGAUAUACACAUUCAUCUGUUGCAGGGGAAAAAACCAAACACUUUUUUAGCGGCACUUUUAGUGAUAUUGGUACGUAUUUCGCAUCUUGCAAAAAAGUUCCCCCAAGUACGUUUUCACCAUGAGAUCAGGUUGCAAUGUACAGUUUAAAAUAAUUCAGAACCCUACUCAGAAUUACUUAAUCAAGGGUGGCAUAACAAAACAGUGAAAAACAAAGAUUAAGAUGACCAUGGAUUCUAAGUUGGCUAUUUCAGAUGUUAAAAGACUAUUUGGUAUUAACUUGAGCAAGUUAUAACACCAAAAUAGGUUUUUGGGGGGGUGUUGUUAAGAUCACCUUUUUGUUGAAAAUGUAACAUUACAUUUCACAUAGCAUAGCGCUACGUAAGAAUAGAUAAUUUUAUUUAACUGUCAUAAUUUAAUGUAAAUAGUAAAAAUAAAUAACUGCAAGAAAGCAUCAUAACCAGAUGUGAUUUUUAACUAGUAGGAGUUUGGACCAAUAAGAUUGCACUGUGGGCGGGUCUACCCAGCCACCAAAAUAAAAACCGAGUGAUCUGCUUGAUUAGAACAAAAUAUUACGUGGAAGAGAUGGCUUUUAUCUCAAUGCUUUAGCAUGUCACGUGUGGUGUUACAGGAAAGGCUUCUGUAUAGUGUAAAUAUGUUUGACCAUACAGUAUGUUUCUAAUGCAGCUAAUGUAUACAAACUAUUCUAACACAAUGCAUGUAGGCUUUCAUACCUGCUCUGCUGAUAUCACUUUAAAUGUUUCAUUUAAAAACAUCGAUAUCUGUCACAUUUGCAAAUACAUUUGCUUUUACUAUA